GCCAUAUAUAUUUUUUAAAUAGUUUAAAGUCAUAGAGGUUUUUUUGGAAAAGCAUUUCGCCCUGGAGCGGUGCGCGAUGCUUUCGCACGCCGACCUGCUGGAUGCUCGCCUCGGGAUGAAGGAUGCCACGGCCGACCUCCUAGGACACAGGGAGGCGCUGAAGUGUAGGCUAGGCGGCGGGGGAGCUGACCCCGGGCACCCCGGAGAACUCGCCCCGGGUUCAGACGCUGUGGAAGGGGCAACCCUUCUCCCAGGAGACGACAUCAGCAAUGUUGGAUCCAAUCCUCCGGGAGUGCCGGUAAACGGCAAAGAACAAGACAAACAACAGCAGCAACAACAGCAAAACCCCGUUCAGUCCGGCGGCCAGCAGACCCAGAAACAAAAACGGCACCGGACCCGCUUUACCCCAGCCCAGCUCAACGAGCUGGAGCGGAGCUUCGCCAAAACGCACUAUCCGGACAUCUUUAUGCGCGAGGAGCUGGCGCUCCGCAUCGGCCUGACGGAAUCCCGCGUGCAGGUUUGGUUUCAAAACCGACGCGCCAAAUGGAAGAAGCGCAAGAAGACCACUAACGUAUUCCGCGCCCCAGGCACCUUGCUGCCCACGCACCACGGCCUACCGCAGUUCCCCUCCGCCGCAGCGGCCGCAGCGGCCAUGGGUGACAGCCUCUGCUCUUUCCACGCUAACGAUACCCGCUGGGCGGCGGCCGGGAUGCCGAGCGUCUCUCAGCUGCAGUUACCGCCCGCGCUCGGGCGACAGCAGGCCAUGGCGCAGUCACUGUCUCAGUGCAGCCUGGGCGCUGGCCCGCCGCCAAAUUCCAUGAGCCUCUCCAAUAUGUCGUCCAACGGCUCCGGUCUACAGUCGCAUCUGUACCAGCCCACGUUCCCCGGUAUGGUGCCCGCUUCGCUCUCCGGACCGACCAACGUGACCGGUUCGCCUCAGCUCUGUAGCUCACCGGACAGUGACGUCUGGAGAGGGACGAGCAUCGCCUCCCUGCGCCGUAAAGCGCUCGAGCACACGGUCUCUAUGAGUUUCACUUAAUAGGGCCCGUGAGUCGACUGUUGUGUUUUUUCUUUUCCCUCUAUUCCCAGUCAAAUCAUUUUGAUCCCUUGACCCAGUUGCGCACCAGGAAGUCUCAGGAUGCUAAUGUCCGUAAGCAAAGACAGUUAAAACCGAUACUUAAUUACGUGCAAUUUAAGGGAUCAAACCCGAAGAAAUCAAAACUGAAAUUUCAUCCAUUUCCAUACAGUUUGAAAACAAAAUCCUUAUUUAUUUAUUUAUUUAUUUAUUUAUUUAUUUAUUUAUGCUGAAUUUUACAGCGAACACAACUGUCUUCAACAUUAGAGGCAGAAUAAAAUGCGCAUAUUUGCAAUGUAUUCGUUAUUAUCAGUGUCUAUUUAUAUACAGAUUUUGCGUUUAAGAACGAGAGAGGACGACUGCUACUGCACUGCACGGCAUGGUCACGCGCCCCAGGUUUGCGCGGUGCAUCGAUAUACUACCCUGGGAGUUUUUAUUUAGAAGAAAAAAAGAUGACAAAGAAAAAUCGUUUUUUUACAGCAAGGAAGUGGAAAUGUAAACGGCAAACUUGUCAAAAAAAAGUGAACAAGACCUCAAGGACUCGGCGUCGACUGCAUGUGCCAACAAAGGUAGACGAAUGGGGAAUUAUUUAUAACGAGAAGAAAUCUGACUAUGUUAUAUGCUGUUCUAUAGGAUGUUUUGUGUAGAUAAAGCAUUCUUGAAUUGUUCCCAUUUGGUCGGUUUGUGAUAUGUUCUAAGUUAUUGUCUGUGCUUAAUCACCGAUAUAAAUUUCUUAAAUGUUUGAACUUAUUCUUGACAGCAAUUUUGUUUCCUGAACAUGUUUA